CAGACAUUCAGUCUCGCGGUGUAGCUCGAACAGUGAAUAUUAGGUUGGUUCGUAGACGUACGAGCUUGUACGCGCGCGCGCUAAGAGUCAUCACUGUGAAAGAUAGUGCUUUUAAACUUGCCCAUUCCCCGUCCCCCAGUACCCUACCGCCGAGGCAACGUAAUACGUUGAAAGCCAACAGCAGCAGCGGCAGCAGCAGCCGUGCCGGAGCUUCGAAACGCCACCGGUACGUCCGAACAAGCGCGCGCUUCUCGGCCUCAACCCACUCAACUCGCUAUUUAGUCGACUAGUAACGUCCAGCGUAAGACAGACCGCGCGGUAGACUUCGCGUCACACGAAGAGACAAAAAGGCAUAAUAAGAGUGACGAAAACAAGAGAAACGAGGGAGAGAGGGCUCAAAAUGAGGAGAUAAAAGUGUCGCUCUCAUUUUAUCGGGCUGUUACUCAAUUGGAUAUUUCCCAAUAAACACGGAGAGAUGCUCACUGUCCCGAUAAAGCCGUGAGUAGAUUAUAUCGAGAGGAGCUAAAAUACGAGAAAAAAAAUAUCAAAAAACUACAGUCGUCGGUUCUCGUGCCAUUAAAACACGCGCCAGCAGGACUGACGAUAAGAGUAUUUUAUUUUGUCGAUUUUCUAAGUGGUCUCGUCGAUCACAGGAGAUUACGAUUGUAUAUAUACGGACGAGAUGCUCUCGAAAAAACAUUGAAGCGGAUGGGAUUUUUCACAAAAGACUUGGAAUUCGUGGAAUAACGAGAAAUACCGGUGAAGAAAACGCGCGCGUCUUCUCGUUCGUGUCGUAAUCGUUCGUAAUAGUAACCCUUGCUUAUAGCCAGACAAACCAUUUUUCGUGAAAUAUAGAACAAGUUUUUUUAAUACCUCGUUACGCGAUCGGCGGAAAGUGACGACUUGACAAACGAUCUUAACGGUUAUCCGAAACGUGUUAUUCCGGAUAUAAACAAGUGCUAAAUAAAUAAAUACUUAAAUUGCGAUCGAGUGGUGAAGCCAGUGUUCGACCGUGAGUGCGUUUGUGUCCGCGGGCAAGCCGAGGGAGGGGAAAAAGGGUUGAGUCUAUUGGAACUACGAAUCACGAGUCUUCAAAGUGCAUUUAGUUAUCGACUUGCACUCUCUCAGAGUUGACGCAAGUGGAAUACCGCCACCAUCGCGUACCACGUGAUUCGUACAUGAACCGAGGUAUUCGAUAAGAGGAGAAAGAUAGUUGGAGUGAACAAACGUUUCGUGGCACUUUUAAUGACGAAUAUUUUUCGUUCUCUCUAUUGUUAAUAAAGUACGUAAAUAAGCGAGUUUACAGAAUCGCGUUCGCGCGCGUGUGUGUGUGUGUGAAGAGGAGAUAGAAGAAAGAUACUUUGAAUAAACGCCACUUGUCACCGUUCCCUUGUCCCGGCACUUAUUCUCGUUAUUGUCAUAUCCAUCGCUGCCUUAUCUCCAUUGCGAGUAACUCUGAAGCCAAUUCUACACAAAGAAAGAGUCGUUUCGAGUAGCUUUUUCAGUGCGGGCAACGCAAGUUUUUACAAGCAAAUUAGUGGUGAACGAAGAGACAAAAGUUUGAACGGGAAUUGAGCGAGGGCAUAGAAAUCUUUGAAAUUCUUGAGCGUUCAAGAGCAAAUACUUCAACUUUAUAUCUCCACUUGUUCAUUAAUUUUUCGUCUGUUCCUCGCGUUAUUUUAACCUCAACAAUAACAACUGUGCCAAUCGACAAAACAGACUUUUCCAUAGUUCGACGCGAGGCUGCCGACAUUAAGAUAAGUGAAAAGUGAUUAUCUGUGUUUGAAUAAUCCAUCUUCGGGAGAAGUUAAGAGACGUGGUUAAUCAUUCGUCGUGCAUUAUGAAAGGAUGAGCUGCUCGGUGAAGAUUUCGAGCGGGAAGAGCUGGAGUGGCUCUCAAAGGCGAAUCGUUUCGUUGCCCGAGGAAGCGGCGCACUCGGGCCAGCAACCUCCUUCAUCAGGAUCAAAUCUCCCCAACCAACCGACCUCCGCUGGCACAACUUCCCACAAUUCUCAUCCGCAUUAUCAUCAAUCCAUAUCCUCUCCGCACCCAGGACCGAGAUCAGCUAAAUCAAUAGCAACUAAAAGGGGGGAAGACACGACCAAACUACUCAAGUACAUUGAUGACAAUGUUGUUGGAAAAAAUGGAACGUUUUUCGGGCCCUUCGGUCGCAGGAAAGUGGUUUACUGUGAUUACUCCGCAUCCGGACGGUCUCUACAGUUUCUCGAAGAAUACAUAACCAGAGAGGUGUUACCUUGCCUCGGCGACACGAAAGCUUCAACCACCAUUUGCAGUCUCCAAUCAUCCCUCUUCAGGCACGAGGCCAGAGACAUCGUAAGGCAUGCAGUCGGUGCCGGUGAGCAAGACGCUGUUCUCUUUACGGGUCAUGGUACUGACGACGCUUUACGGACUCUUCUUCGCCAUCUUGACCUCCCCAGGAGGCCAAUGGUCGUCUUCGUUGGCCCCUUCGAACACCACGCCAAUCUAAGACCAUGGCGUGAACAUGGAACCAAGGUGGUGAGAAUAGCCGAGACCCGUGAUGGUUUUCUCGACCUGAACGAUCUCGACCGUAAGCUCGUCGAGGAAAGAUCGGUCGAUGGCGUCAUGCAGCCACUCCUCGUGGGCUGCUUCAGCGCCGCCAGCUGCAUCACCGGGGUCCUGGCUGAUGACGUCGCGACGACUUUACUGCUCCAUCAACACGGGGCCCUGAGUGUGUGGGACUAUACUUCAGCCGCGCCCUUCGUACAAAUGGACAUGAAUCCGCACUUGCCAGGCGUGGGCGAGACGGCCGUUCACAAGGACGCCAUAAUAUUCAGCGGUCACAAGUUCAUGGGAGGUGCACAAUCACCGGGCGUCCUCGUCGCCAAAAAAGCACUCCUUCGCGAUGAUAUUGGCAGCGAAGACAUACGAGACUCCCAUCGCUACCUUCGUGAUCCCGAGCUAAGAGAAGAGAGCGGAUCUGCGGGUGUCGUCGAAUCAAUUAGAUGCGGGCUUGCUGUUCAGCUGAAAGAAAAUGUUACGACCCAGUCGAUCAUUGCUCGUCAGGACAAAAUUUGCAGGCAAGUUUUUGCCCACGUGCGGACCAUACCGGAACUCAUACUCCUCGGAAAUACGUCGCAGAGCAUAAAAAGGCUGCCAGUAUUCUCGUUCAUGGUUCGACAUCCCCGUGGCACUUUUCUUCAUCAUAAUUUCGUGUGCGCCAUACUGAACGAUGUUUUCGGGGUUCAAGCACGCGGUGGUUGCGCCUGCGCUGGUCGAUAUGCUCACGAUCUCAUGGGGAUUGACGAGGAACUCGCUAAAUCCUACGAGCAAGUGCUCCUUCAAAGCAAAGAAGACAUCAGCCGGGGUGAUUCCGAGACGGAGUCAUUGCGACCUGGAUUCGCAAGUUUAUCGUUACCGUACUUCAUGUCCGAGACCGAAUUGGCGUUUGUCCUUGAAGCACUUAAGAUGGUGGCUACCGAAGGCUGGAAGCUGUUGCCCCAGUAUGUUCUCAAUCCGGAUACGGGUGAAUGGCGGCACCACACGAACAGCGUGUUCAAGGAGCGAAAAUGGUUGGGUUCCAUAAGAUACACGGACGGGAAAAUGAUCACCUCGGAGCGAAGGAUAUCUGGCGCCGGUGGAAUAUUCCCCCAGAGUUACGCGGACUGUCUUCAGACGGCCAGGAAUAUUUUCAACAGAGCGAGAAAAAUGGCGCACAGAUACCCACUGCAGAUCGAUCGCAGCGCCUCUUUCAAGGAGAAGAGCGAAGAGCUCCGCUGGUUCAUACUACCGGCUGAGGCGCAGGACCUUCUUCUCGGCAAUUCGCAAAACGUCAAGCAAGAUCUUCCUUUUGAUCCGAUGUUAAGGAAACGGAAGUUACGCAAGAUCGAAGCGGUGACCUCCUCGCCGACGAGUCAUGGGAACGCGAACCAAGCGAUACGACGAUUGAAUAGCGAUAUUCCACGAACGGGUACGACCCCCGUGACUUUACCUUCUUCUCCGAGACAUCACAGUCUGCCAGCACUGAGUAUCAGCCCAACGAGCGUCCCGUCCAGCGCGACUCGAGCUGCCAAAAGAUUCGAAGAAAAGAACGAUGCGCCUCCCAUUGUUCUCGAAGGGAUUGCGAAGGACGAACAAGACGGAAGAGAGUCAGCUGGUUCGCGUGACAACGCGAUCCACGGGUCACCGCUGAGUGUCGCCUCGGCAGCCUCUUCCAGAUCCGAAUCGCCGAUGCCUCCUGUCAAAUUCGCUCUCGGUGAGGCUGUCACGAGUGCCAUGAUCCUUGGAACUACGCCUGCAGGAGCUAGGCUGAUGGCUGGUGAACACAGCAUGGGAUCGAUGAGCUCGGGAGGCGAUGGCGCUCGAUUCGGUAGAGCUCGUUGCAACUCUCUGGGUAGCAGUACAACGGGGAAAUCUCCGGCUGUUCCUAUACCCCUGAGCCCCCAAACUCUCGCCAGUCUUGGGAUCGCAAAUUGUGCAGGAAACUCACUUCGUCGUGGUAAUCGCAAUUGCAACUGCAACAGUCACGCCGAUCUCUCGUCCUCGCUCGAAUACGACAUGACGACGGAGAGCCUCACGAGAUCGUCACCCCUCUCGUCCAAUACAUCGUCGCCGACUUCUUCCUCAUCGCCAUCGCCUCAUCUCUAUUCGUACACUCCCCUCAACACUCACAAUCAUCACCACCAUCAUCACAAUGUCAAAAAACAUAAUUAUCAUAAUCAUCACCACCAUCAUCACGAUGCGAGCGUAAACGUCCAUUACGAUGCUGGUGAAACAUCCCCACGCUACACUACUCCGCGUCUCGGAAGGUGCUCACCCGUGCUGCCCCAAAUGAGCCAAAGCACCGAGGAUGAUCUUCGCGCUUAUCUUAAAGAAGUUACGAAGGAACUGGCCACGGAAAUAAAGUCGGAAAUACGCGAGGUCAUAUCCAAAGUCGACGAUGUACUUUCGGAGAGUAACUCUUCAGAGAUGAGCACCCCUCAACAUCAUCCGCAAAGAACUUCUUCCACGAGCAACGAGAGACCGGAAGAUUCUUUCUCAGCAAGCGAAAUAGCCGAGUAUCUUAUGGAGUUCUCCAAGGAGAUGGCGAGCGAAGUCAAGUCCGAGAUCAGGUGUAUGGUGAACGCGGUAGAUGGUCUAGGUAGAUUUUCGCCUGAUCUAGCUAGCGCAUCUGCAAAUUCGGAUAAACAUUUCAACAGUCACGGGACACCGGAGAGACGAGGCUCCGGAGCGUUGCCAUCGCCACCGUUGGUGCUUCAACACAAGCCUGCUAAAUCAGGAAAACUGAGUGAAUUAUUGCUGGCGCAACAAGACAGUAAAAUGUCAAGCGAGUGCUCGUCGGACGAGACUGUGAUAUACGUGGUAGGCCCGAGAGCAACGACGAAUGUCGUUCAUGACAGAGCCAAGACAUCGGACGAGGGCGAGGGUGAUGACGAUGAAGAAGAGGAUCGGAGUCACAAGUCACCGAGCACCACAGAAGCGACGAAAAUCAGUGGUAUAAAAACGAAACUUCCGGAAAUUUACUCCGCAGUUAAUUCCGUGAGCUCGCAAGAUAGCGGUAUAAAUCUUUCAUUCCAUGAGAGCGAUAUAAGGUCGAUAAGUGAUCUCGGACGCAGUGGCAGUAGUAGCAGCAGCAGUGGAAGCAGCAGUGCCGAAUCAUACGGGAACAGUUCGUACUGUCGAAAAUCGAAAACCGCGUUCGGUCUGCCGAAUGGAAGACGCGGCCGCGAUGAAAAAUUACCACACGAUCAAUCCGAGGAUGAGAUGAGGGAAGAGCCUGUUGUAAGUUCUGAUGACGAGGACGAAGCUGUACAAAAAAUUGCGAAGAAGGAACACGAUGUCGUGGUCGACAAUGAAGCAACUUGCGGACCUCAGUGGCACAGUCCGCCGAAAAACGUUUGGAAAGCAACCGUCGAAGCUAUCCAUGAGUUCGACAUGAUACGAGACAAAGAUCGCAUACUCGUUUGUCUUCCUGCAUCGGUCAUGGGUGUUGGACUUGCAGCAGGCAAAUUUUCCCUCGCCCUGCUCCACACCCUUCACCAGUAUCGAUUUUACGCAAGAUCCAAAGGUAUCGACUUCGAUAUCGGUGCUGUCACGAUAGACGCCGGUAGUUCCUACGAUCCCAUGGAAUCUAUGAGUUAUUUGAAGGCCCUUCAAGUGCCAUAUUUUUACGAGGAAGCUGAGGAACAAACUGCCCUCAUCGAACCUUCGGCAAUCGCAGCUCUGGAGACUGUCGCCGAGGCUACAUCCGACUUCACCGGAAGGUCUUGCAAUGUCUGCGGACGCGACGGUAUCAAUACUAGAAAACAACUUUACGCAGUCGCUAAGAGAUACGGCUAUAACGUACUUGCCCUUGGGCAACAUUUGGACGACCUUGCUGAAGGGUUCCUCGCUUCACUCUUUUAUACCGGAAAAUUAAAAACGAUGAAGGCCCAUUACUACGUUAGAGAAUACGAUCUCAGGGUCACCAGACCUUUCGUGUACGUUAGAGAGCGAGCUCUGAGACAAUUCAUCGAGGAAAAAAGGUUGCCUGUUUUAAGGGUAGCUUGUGCAGCUUGCGAAAAAAUCGUUGCUCAGAAGUCACAAAAAAAUAGAGAAAUGAUGUCACAACAAGAACGCGCUUAUCCACGACUUUACUCGUCGUUACGGAUGGCUCUGAAACCAUUGAUACUGGCACGUGGCGCUACCGGCAAUGCUGCAGGUCAUCAGCAAGCUCCUCGUCAGAAACACAAACUUAAAUCACGAUUGAGUCCAUCGUGUCCAACCGUUCCUUUGAUCGCAACUUCCCAAGAACUGGACGAUAGUCAGACAGAUGAGGAGCCGAUUAUUUGAGGGACUGUAACAUCCUUCGGACGAUACAGGAGACUGCUCGAUUGGUCCAUUUCGAAGGGAACAUGAUGAAAACGUUCUUUCCGCGAUCGUUUCGAUGUACCCAAUUUCGAGCAACGCUCGGUCCUCCCGAGGCCCAUUUUCGAUUGAAAAAAGGCAACAUUUUUUAUUGCGGUCAAAUAUAAAACGUUGCCUGAUUCAAUCGAAUGCAAUACACAGUACUGUGUUUAAUUUCUAGCGUUGCCAAGGGUCGCCAUAUGUACUUAUAGUCAUAGGAUGAGAAGCGAAAAUCCUUCGAUAAAAUCCUAAUUCUUGAUAUUCUUUGUUGUGCGAUUACUUUCAACAUGGACUCCCGCCAGAACACGAUUCGCGAUGAAACCGCGGCAGAAUGUGAGUUUGUCAAGAUUCUUGACAUACAAAUAUAUUUUUUGUUUUUAUAAAUCAUAAGCGAGCAGCCAACCACGAGCUUUUGACAUUACAAAGUAGACUCGAUGACAGCUUAACGGAUUGAAAAACGCUUUGCAAACAGAAUCGUGUACAUAUAACUCAAGUUCUCGCGGUUGUACGUUUAUUGGGGAUCGAUCCUUGUGUAUGGUUCAACGUUUUAACGUGAUGUAAAAGUGAUAUUUAUCCAUGCAGAUCAAUACAUACGUAUACACAUUGACGUCCUCAAAUCACUACAUGUAUUUGAUCCUUUUUGUCUAUUCGGUAGUUCCCAACAGUCCCAUGUCAGUAAUUCAUAGUAUAGUAUGAGGAUGGGCGUGGAAUGGGUUGAUUGACAAUUACGUGAUUGUUGCGUCAGUCUCUUCCGACUCCCGAAAAAAAAAUAUAAAGAAAAUCAACGAAUUGUAAAUAAAAAAUUGAUUCUGAAGUACAAAUGAUAAUUUGAACCCGCGACCAUCCACGUCCAUCAUUGAACCUUCCCCUCUGUAGAAUCACCCCAGAUUUGAUCGACAAUUUGUAAACUGAGAAAAGGACUUGUAUGGUAUUACAAUCCGAUUCUAUUUUGGAUUCAACAAAUUUGUUGGAUAUCGUAAAAAAACAUAAUAUUUUUUGAGUUAUAUUUCACUUAACUCCUAAUACUAAAUUUUCGUUGAAUCCAAUACGAAAUGGUUUGGAUAAUGAAAGACGAAUUACAACUGGCAAUGUUCAUUAUAAACCUAUUUCGAGUGAAAACAUUUCACAGAAUAUCAAGACUUUUCUCAGUGUGUCAAAGUGAGGAGUUUCCCCCCUCUCUCUCUCUCUCUCUUUCUCUAUGAUCAAACCAAACGUUUAAACAGUACAAUAAUUUUGGAACUCUUCAUUUUUUUACUUCUAGGGAGUGACAAAACAUUUGGCAUUUUUCAUUUUAAGAGAGAGAGAGAGAGAAAGAGAGAAAAUCGUAGAAAGUUAAGAUAAUGAUUGAAGAUAUGUGAAACAUUAGCGUUUUAUCAUAAUAGUUACGUCAUCAGUGUGCGGGAAUGAUAAUGAUGAAAAUUGGAGCUAGCAUUCGUUUCGUAGUUUUAUCUAAAUCUGCAAUGUUAAAUGAGCCGGUUUCAAAUAAUACAUGUGACUUGAAUUCUCUUGGCGCAUUGAUGUCCAAUGUGUGAAUAUUAAUCGUAUGUGAACGUGAUCAUGAGGAGUUUCGUUUACGAAAAUACGUGUUUUUCUCGCUGUUUACUUCAAACUUCAUAAAAAAUAACAUUUAACAGAAAAUUGAAAUGAGACAUUGUUAAAGAAACUCUCGGUGAUAUGAUUUUAUAAUUAAUUAUGAGAAUAAAUAAAACUUCGAAACGAUCGAAAAAAUCAUGAAUAAUGUAAAAAUUGAAAAAUUAUGAAAAUAAAUUUAUGUCAAAUGACGAAAGCGCAGAAAUUGAAAUUUUAUGAAUCAUUCAACAGCGUUCGAAGCAUAUUAUUCUCAGACGACUGAAUUUAACGAAUGUCUCAUUUGCACAAUCAACUCGUUGCUUCGUCAUUCGAAUUAUUUUGGGAAAUAUUCCAAAUUCAUUCUUUUCCUAAUAAAAAAAAAAUCACUUCACAGCUCUCGCGUUCUCGAGACGCCGAAUUCGUGAAUACCGUAGACUAUAAACAUGAUCAUAUAUCGCAACAUCUAUCGUAUGAAGUUAUAAUAUUGGACGGCCGUAUUGAAACAAUAUAAUAAAUAUAUAUUUUUUUCCGACAUUCAUACGAUAAUGAAUUGUUACAUAUUGUAAAGAGGUGUAAGUUUAUUUAUCGCUAAUAAAAUCGAAAAACAAAUGUAUAAAAAAAACGGA